AUGACCCGAGCACGCUCCGCGACCACUGGCGAUGCCAUGGCCCGACACGAGGGAGCCAAUAGCAGCCUCGACACGCUGCCCUCGAUCCGGUUCAGCGCCUUCUUCGACCCACGCGCUACGCGGCCAUCGUUGAAGUUCACGCCUAUUUCUCGCACCCUACCGACCGGCAAAGAAGUCAUUCGUGUGGGCAGGUACUCGGAGAGAGAUAACCAACCCAAUGUUCCUACGAAUGCUCCCUCAGCAGCCCCUGUGGGCUUCAAGAGCAAGGUGGUCAGUCGGCGGCACUGCGAGUUUUGGUACGAGGACGGCAAGUGGUACAUCAAGGACGUCAAGAGCAGCUCGGGCACCUUUCUCAACCACAUCCGCCUCAGCCCGCCUGGCACCGAGUCGAAGCCGUACCCGGUGAACGAUGGUGAUAUUGUGCAGCUGGGCAUUGACUUUAAGGGGGGCGAGGAGAUGAUCUUCCGCUGUGUCAAGAUGAGACUCGAGCUGAACCGUGGCUGGCAGAACAAGCUAAACACCUUCAACAUGGCCACACACAAAAGGCUACGGAACAUGACGGCUGGCAACAGCUCGUCAGGGUCCUCCCAGGACUGCUCCAUCUGUCUCAACAGUAUUGCGCCAUGCCAGUGUCUCUUCGUUGCUCCUUGCUCCCACACCUGGCACUACAAGUGCAUCCGCUCUCUCCUCACCUCUCCCUCGUAUCCCAUCUUCAUAUGCCCCAACUGCCGCGCCGCAGCCGACCUUGAAGCAGAAGUCGAGGAUCCAGAGGAGUGGGAGCAGCUCGAAUCAGACGACGGCGCAGCCGCACAAGAAGGAGCUCUGUUACACCCCCCUCCCGCUGACCCCGACAAUCCGAGCGGCACCACUUCCUCAGCACCUCGCAAAUCCCGGGAAUCGGUACGCAGCCCGUGUCUGCUCGCGGCUCAGUCACAGCCCGUCGAAGUACCAGAUGUGAACAUGCGAGACCCGUCUCCACCUCCGCGACUCGACAUGCUUCCGCAGAUCGACGGGACCGGCACGCUGGCUGGCCCGACAACGGCGCUAUUGUCGCAUACCACGUCCAAUCCCAUGCCCAUCCCCUCCCCUGCGCAGCGUAUCCUACCCGGUGUCCGCCGCGAGGCCAGGACGCCGUCACCGACUGGCGCGCCCGUGACGAACGGCCACGAGGGGCCGAUCACUCCGAGAAACGAUGCCGGUCCGUGGGUGUUUGACGGGAGCGGGGUGCGGCUGAGUCAGGAGGGCGCUCGUCCCGCUGCGGCUGUCCUAGCUCAUGGCGGCGGCGGGCCUUCAUCCUCUUCCUCUUUGUGGCCCAGGGUAGAUGAUGUCUCGUAG